AAGGCGGUUCCUGGCCGACAGAAUCACAUGACAGUCAGCCGGUGCGCGAGCGAGUCACCAGAGCCUGCUGUGAGAGGAGACGGAAAAUGGCGGAUGUGAAGAUGGAAAGCAGAGCAGGGAUGACGUUAUUUUCUAUUCUAUUCACAAUGUUUGCUCUGGGACAGUGCAGCGACCAGGUUCCCGUGGUUAUCUGGUCAAGCGAAAGCUCUCUGUGGCAGUCGCAGGACGCCCCUGCCCUGGGUCAUGUUGUUUCUGGUUCUCAGCUGGUUACCUACCUGAGCUCUGCAGUCAGCAAUGGACCUCGCAGUGUGCUUCUCUUCCUGCAGGACAAGCUCAGUCUUGAUGACUUUACGAUGUACGGAGGGGCUUUCGGGAACAAGCAGGACAACGCCUUUCCAAACCUGGAGGCUGCUCUGGAAAUGGCUCCCUCCUCCCUGGUGCUGCCCUCUGUAGACUGGCAUGCCUCUAGCGCUGUGCCCGCCCUGCUGCAGGAGAAACUGGAGACCAGCCCUGUGUACCUAGAGCCCUCCACACUCCGCCAGCUACGACUCAACCACUCCAUCUCCUCCCUGCUGGUGCUGAGGCUGCCCUACACCACCAGCACCCAGUUCAUGUCUCCUAAGGAGAUGCUUAGUGGCAAUGAUGAAGUGAUUGGUGAGGUGCUGAGCAUCCUGAAGAGCCAAGCCAUCCCCUACACUGCUGUCUUCACUGCUCUCCGGCCGUCCCGGGUAAUCCGGGAAGUGUCUCUGGCUGUGGAGAACCUCGGCCGCUCUCUCCUCCAAGCCCCUCCGAAGCCAGCCGCAGCCCCCCACCCUCCCGUGAUGUACAACAACACAGUCGGGCCCUGCAUCCUGCUGUGGGCUGAGAAUCUGACCAUGAGCCACGUCCGCAGCGGGGGGGCGCCAGUGCUCUUCGAGCUCACCUCUCGCACCUUCGGCCCCGGCGCCAGCGUGUCUCUGACUGACUCCAUGUGCAACCGCACCCAUUCCAGGCUUGUCCUUAAUUAUGGAGACGUGGAGGGUUACAAGGACUUCAAAGUCAUAUUUGUGAUGAACAGUCGUCACUACCCAGUCUCUGCCCAGCACUGGUUCACUCUCGACAACGUUGAGAUUGAAUACAACGGUCUGAAGGCCAGAUUUAACGGCAGCAGGCAGAUCUACGCGCCACAAAACUACUCCUUCCACUGCCAGUCUGUCACCAGCUUCCGAAACCCCCUGCUGGUGCCGUUCAGCAGCAGCGACAACGCCACCAACUGGAGAGUCUCCUUCACAGAGUUCCAGAUCCAGGGUUUCAAUGUGACUGGGCCCAGCUUCUCCUAUGCCAGUGACUGCGCUGGUUUCUUCACUCCAGGGAUCUGGAUGGGUCUGCUCAGCACUCUGCUGAUGGUGCUCAUCCUGACCUACGGGCUUCACAUGCUCAUGCAGCUGAAGACCAUGGACCGGUUCGACGACCCCAAGGGAGCCUCCAUCUCUGUGCCCCAGACAGAGUAACCAGCCUGGAAAGCACACACAGUUCACUGACAGAUUCUAGGGUUUACAAUUAGACCUUGAGUCAGCUUGAGCAUUGUGUUUUAGAGAUUGUCAAUGGAAAUAUUUGAUUUGAUGCCAGAAAUUAGUUUCUUGAAGGUUGUUUUUAAAACUUGGUUUGAAGAUUGGGUGAUGGGCAGAUUUAUCAUCCAACUAUUAAACAUUCAAUAGCACUGAGUUUAGAAAUACUAAACCAUUUCAAUUCAAUAGCAAACGUUUCGACCAGAAGCCUUUUUCAAUAUCUUUUAAUAGCUACAUUUGAAGACAUUGAAAGACUUCUAGUCGGAACGUUUGUCGUUGGUUAGAAGAUUCAUAUUUUAUUGUAGCUAUAAACCUGCAUUGAAUUUGUAUUUAACAUAAUGUGUGUUCAGUUCUGCAGUGUACAUAAUGUGAUUUGCUCCCAUUUACUGAAACUACAAUUUUCCAGGAUAGCUUCUCUAAAACUUCAGUAUGUAGCCCUAAUUUUAAUUGUUUAUAAAUACUUCAACACUGUUUUCCUCUGGGUUAAGUCUUGCAAUCCCAUGCACAAGACCUUAUCCUGUAGCUCCACAGCAGUGAAUCAGUAGAAGCUUGAGAAUCACAUUGCAGUAAGCAUGCAUUAUGAAGGCUUGUGCGUUGCACCUUUGUGUUUGUAUGAGUAAGUCUUUAUUAAACAUGCCUGUGGUCUGUGGAACACAGCUACAGGAAGGGUGGCACCUGGACACUUCGUGUGUUUUAUGGACUUCUUAUCCAAAAUGACUCAUGCAUCUUACAUGGGGGUGUGCAGGACUAAACUUGGGAUAAGGUUGGGUUGUAAUCCUUUCUAAAUUAUUUAUUUAGGAAUGAACAGUUCAAUAAUUGCAGAGACACAGUAGGGGUAGGUCUGACCUACUAGUUUGUGGGUCCUUUAAGGCUGGAUGGUCCUUGAGAUUGAGAGAUGCAUAUAUUCAGUUUUUUAUUUUUAUUCCCCUGGUGCUAAAUCACUAGUGAUCACCCCCUGUUGUGUCUCUUAUAGCAGUGUGGUUCACUGCUUUAACUCAUUGUGAUCUUGUAUUGUUUUCUUGUUUCUUUUCUAAGAAGUAAUCCAAGGAACUGUACCUCACCAUUCCGUAUGUGUUGUGAUUCUUGGUUGAAAUUACAUACAUGUAAAUAAAUUGCUGUAAUUCAGUAGUAUACUAUAUGUUACCAGAAUGAUUUAUGCUGUUUCCUGUCAAUGUCGACCCCUCUUGGUUUCUUGAUUAUGCAGUAGAGGUUUAGGCAGAGAGCCUGUACAAAAUAAAUAAAUAAAAUAACGUAUUUGAAUUGUUAAUCAGUUAGCAUCCUUUUCAGGCAUAUUUGUAUAUACAGGUGAUAAAUGUACGUAGGUGAUUUCUAUGUAUUUGUGAAGGUGCAGUGUCUCUUAAUUGAUGUGUUUUUUUUCCAGUACUUGAGUUUUAUGAGUUUCCCCUGUGAAGCCUUUUCCAGUCCAAAAGUAUCAAAGUAAAUAUUGUAAUCUGGACUUGAAGGAUGUGUUUAAUUCACCUGGUUUUCUUGACUAUUUAUUUUGCCAUUUAUGAUCGCCUUCAAAAAGAGUGUUUGAAUGACAGCCGUAUAAUAAUAAAAUUUACUUUACACUGAUAUUUAAUUGUU